AUGUCAAUUACGCAAGAGCAACCUCGGGCUAUCAUCUUCUAUGAAUGGCAUGCAGCAGCGGCAGCAGCCCACAACAUCAACAGAAGAUUGAGCGAAGGCACCACUACUGGCACUGGCAGAAUUGCCAAGCGCUGGUGCGCUCGCUUCGCAAGCGGGGACACCGACUUCGAAGACAACCCCGGUCAGUCGCCUCCAGGUCCUCGGCUACAGCAAAGUGCUAUCUCGAUGGAUCCCUCGCACCUUGACGGAUGGCAUUCAGUUUACCCGGGUAUUCAUCUUCGCCCGCAUCAAAAGAAGUUUCUCGAUCUUACAGCCCCAUAUAGCUAA